GCCGCACGUUCUUCCUCUUCAACGCAGGGCGCGCCCCGCAAUCCACUCUCUAUACCCACGACCUUUCUUCUCUCAGCCACUGCGUGUAAAUAAUUGCUGUCAAAACCACUUGGUUGUAUCAAUCACCGUCGCCCGCCGCCACACGGCCUCACUUACCUAGAACGCGCAAAGCGCAAAAGACGCGACAACACCGGCACCAUGGCGCAACCUACGGGCAACAACCUCGCGCAGUUCAAGUAUGCGGCGAUGUCCAACCUGGUCCUCCAGGCGGACCGUCGUUUCACGUCGCGCCGUCCGGACGAACACACAGGCGACCCAGAAUCGCUUGCAGGUCGCAUUAAUAUCCGGGAUAUGGGAGGCAGGACUGCGCAGGACAAGGCGCCCACACAAUCAAAGAAGCCCAAAGGGCUGGGCGUUGAGCGAGGGAGUCUCACAGAGGGUGGCGACGUGCUUGAGCGCGAGCAGCGCAAGCGAAAGCGUGACGAUGGGACAAGCGCCUUCGGAGCCACAGCUGCCGCAGAUUUCAACAUUGAAGGUCUUCGGUAUAGGCCGCGGACGCCAGCGACGCGCAACACCUUCGAGCUCGUGACGACCAUUGUGAGCAAGGCUCUCGGCGACGUUCCAGUGACGACCCUCAGAAGUGCUGCCGACGCGGUGCUCGAGUACCUCAAGGACGACACCCUGAAAGACUUCGACAAGAAGAAAGAAGUUGACGACCUCCUCGGUAGCUCGAUGGGCGCGAAAGAGUUCAAUGAGCUGGUCAACCUGGGCAAGAAGAUUACAGAUUACGAUGCGCAGGACGACGACGAAGACGGCGAUCAAGCAAUGGGGGACGCUGAUGGCGCUGAGAAUGACGAUAAUCAGGGUGUAGCCGUUGUGUUCGACGAUGAAGAGGAUGACGAAGAGGCCCAGAACUUCGAAGUCCGCGACGCCGACACCUCAGACGAAGAGGAUGAGCAGGAAACAGCCGUCGAGCAGAUCGGGAUCGAUAAGGAUGACGAAGCUGGAGGUUUCGCAGACACAGAAGAGAUGAUCGUCCAGGGCGACGUAGCUGCUUCAGCAGACCGCAAGGACGGCGCAGACAGUUUGAUACCCGCACACGAGAUUGACGCAUACUGGUUACAACGGCAGAUUGGACAGGUGUAUGAGGAUGCGCAUACCCAGCAGGAGAAGACACAGAGUGCGCUGCAAAUCUUGGCUGGUAUUGCGGAAGACGGUGAAGAGAAAGAACUGCGUGAGAUUGAGAAUGACCUCAUGGAGCUCUUCGACUACGAGCACCACGAACUUGUUGCGAAACUUGUUCUGAACCGCGACAGAGUUGUCUGGGUAACACGAUGGAGACGUGCUGCGGAGGACAACGAUGAGCGGACAGCUGUUGAGCGGGAGAUGAGGGCUGCCGGCCAGCAACAGAUCCUCCAAGAGCUGCGCGCGAGAGAAACUGGUGUGAAGACGGACGAUGCGGGACAGGGCAAGAUGAAGUUCAACAUCAACUCCAUUAGCGCCUCAGACUCGAAGGAUGUUGAGAUGGAGGAUGCGGCAAAGCCUGACGGUAUCGUUGGCGGUCUGCAGCCCAACAGCCGUCUGGUGAAUCUUGAGAAUAUUGUCUUCGACCAAGGCAACCAUCUUAUGACCAAUCCCAGCGUUAAGCUACCCCAGGGCUCUACGAGGAGACAGUUCAAGGGAUACGAAGAGAUUCACGUCCCUGCGCCCAAGGCGAAACGCGAUCCGAACGAGCGCUUAAUGCCCACAUCUGAGCUACCCGAUUGGGCACGAGUAGGAUUCGGUAACUCAAAGUCGCUGAACCGUAUUCAGACGAAGUGCUUCCCGGCUGCAUUCCAGGAUGACGGCAACAUGCUUAUCUGCGCACCCACUGGUUCCGGAAAGACGAAUGUUGCCAUGUUGACCAUGCUCCGUGAGAUUGGCAAGCACCGAAACCCCUCGACCGGCGAGAUCGCGCUUGACGAUUUCAAGAUCAUCUACAUCGCUCCGCUCAAGGCUCUGGUUGCUGAACAAGUUGGUAACUUUGGCAAACGCCUGGAACCCUACGGUAUCAAGGUCUCUGAGCUCACAGGUGAUCGCCAAUUGACAAAGCAGCAAAUCGCUGAAACUCAGAUCAUUGUCACAACGCCGGAGAAGUACGACGUCAUCACCCGCAAGGCCACCGACACCAGCUAUAUCAACCUUGUCAAACUCAUCUGUAUUGAUGAGAUUCACUUGCUUCACGACGAGCGUGGUCCGGUCAUCGAGAGCAUUGUUAGCAGAACGCUUCGUCGAAGUGAGCAGACUGGUGAUCCUGUCCGAAUCGUUGGUCUUAGUGCCACACUGCCCAACUAUCGAGACGUUGCAAGUUUCCUUCGAAUCGACCCCGAAAAGGGUCUUUUCCAUUUCGAUGGCACAUUCCGACCCUGCCCCUUGAAGCAGGAGUUCAUCGGUGUCACUGACAAGAAAGCUAUCAAGCAGCUGAAGGCCAUGAACGACGUCUGCUACACGAAGGUGCUCGAGCAAGUCGGUGAACACCGAAACCAGAUGUUGAUCUUCGUUCACUCGCGAAAAGAGACGGCUAAAACAGCGAAGCAUAUUCGUGAUAAGGCGCUGGAGGAAGAGACGAUCGGCAAGAUGCUGAGAUCAGACGCUGCUAGCCGAGAGAUUCUGAAAGAAGAGUCUGAAUCGGUACAGAACGCUGAUCUUAAGGACCUCAUGCCCUACGGAUUCGGCAUCCAUCACGCUGGUAUGUCGCGAGCGGAUCGAUCAACCGUCGAGGAUCUCUUCGCCGAUGGCUCCAUUCAAGUCCUUGUCUGCACAGCAACAUUGGCUUGGGGUGUCAACUUGCCAGCCCACACUGUCAUUAUCAAGGGUACACAGGUCUACUCCCCGGAGAAGGGCAGCUGGGUCGAGCUCAGCCCGCAGGAUGUAUUGCAAAUGCUGGGUCGUGCCGGUCGUCCCCAGUAUGAUACAUAUGGCGAGGGUAUCAUCAUUACGACACAAGCCGAAAUCCAGUACUACCUGUCCUUGCUGAACCAGCAACUGCCAAUCGAGUCACAACUUGUUAGCAAGCUGGUUGACAAUCUCAAUGCAGAGAUUGUAUUAGGCAAUGUCCGCAACCGUGACGAAGGAGUUGACUGGCUAGGCUACACCUACCUCUUCGUCCGCAUGUUGCGUUCGCCAGCUCUUUACAGAGUCGGGGCGGAGUACGAGAACGACACGGUCCUGGAACAAAGACGAGUGGAUCUCAUACACGCAGCAGCACACAUCCUGGAGAAGUGCAGCUUGAUCAAGUACGACAGAAAGACGGGAGCGUUGCAGCCGACCGAGCUGGGGAGGAUUGCGUCUCACUACUACAUUUCCCACAACUCAAUGCAGACGUACAACCAGCACAUUCAGCCUGGUAUCACAGCUAUUGAGCUGUUCCGAGUCUUUGCUCUGAGUGAGGAGUUCAAGUACAUUCCCGUUCGUCAGGACGAGAAGCUCGAACUUGCCAAACUUCUCGGACGUGUGCCGAUUCCUGUCAAAGAAGGCGUCGAAGAAGCUCAAGCAAAGAUCAACGUUCUCUUGCAAGCCUACAUCUCCCGCCUGAAGCUAGACGGGCUUGCCCUGAUGGCUGAUCUCGUGUAUGUAACGCAAUCUGCCGGCCGUAUUCUGCGCGCGAUCUUCGAGAUUUGUCUCAAGAAGGGAUGGUCGCAGGUCGCCAAACUGGCACUCGACAUGUGCAAGAUGGCAGAGAAGCGCAUGUGGCCUACCAUGACACCGCUUCGACAGUUCCCUCUCUGCCCGCGAGACAUCGUACAGAAGGCCGAGCGAAUCGACGUCACCUGGCCGAGCUACUUUGGUCUGGAUCCACCAAGCAUGGGCGAGCUUCUGGGUAUGCCCAAGGCUGGCAAAGUUGUAUGUCAGCUUGUGGAGAAGUUUCCUCGUCUCGAAAUCGAAGCCACACCUCGACCUAUCACUCGGUCGCUGUUGAAGCUGGAACUUGCGAUCAGACCGGACUUUGUUUGGGAUGAUGCACUCCAUGGCGCGUCAGAGGCCUUCUGGAUUCUUGUUGAGGACUGCGACGGUGAGACGAUUCUGUUCCACGACCAAUUCGUGCUCCGCAAGGAUUACUCUCAGGGCGAGAUGAACGAGCACCUCGUCGAGCUGACAGUACCGAUCGAUGAGCCGAUGCCGCCAAACUACUUCAUCACCGUCUUGUCAGAUCGAUGGAUGGCCUCGGAGACUAAGCUUGCUGUAUCUUUCCAAAAGCUCAUCCUACCGGCUAAGUUCCCUGCACACACACCAAUCCUCGAUCUGCAGCCUCUGCCUGUCUCUGCGCUGAAAAGGAAGGAGUACAUGGCCUUGUACGAGGACGUGAACCGGUUCAACCGAGUCCAAACUCAGGUCUUCAACUCGCUUUACACAACCGAUGACAACGUCCUUGUUGGAGCUUCAGCAGGUAUCGGCAAGACAUUCUGUGCCGAGUUUGCUAUUCUGCGACACUGGGCUAGUGAUGCUGAGGGCCGCAUCGUGUACCUCGCGCCGUUCCAGGAGCUUGUUGAUAACCAGUACAAGAACUGGAGCGCACGCCUGUCUGGUCUUGGUGGCGGCAAGGAUGUCGUCAAGCUCACGGGCGAGACUACAGCGGACUUGCGACUUCUCGAGAAGGGUGAUCUUGUGCUGGCCACUCCUUCACAGUGGGACUCCCUGUCGCGUCAAUGGCAGCGAAGGAAGAACGUCCAGAGUGUAGCUCUCCUCAUCGCGGACGAGCUUCACAUGUUGGGCGGCGCUAACGGACACAUCUACGAGAUUGUGGUAUCGCGCAUGCAGGCUAUGGCUGCCCAGAUCGAGUCGAAGCUCCGCAUUGUCGGCCUCAGCGUAUCGCUCGCUAACGCCAGGGACGUCGGAGAAUGGAUCGGUGCCACGAAGCACACAAUCUACAACUUCAGUCCCGGCGUUCGCUCCGUGCCUCUCGAGUUGAAGAUCCAGACCUUCACUAUCCCUCAUUUCCCGUCAUUGAUGAUGGCGAUGGCAAGGCCGACUUACAGCGCCAUCACACAGAUGUCGCCCGACAAGCCCGCGAUGAUCUUUACACCGAACCGCAAGCAGACUCGCUCGUCAGCUGCUGACCUGUAUGCUGCUGCUGUCGCCGACGAUAACGAUGAUCGAUUCCUCAACGCACCACUAGAGGACAUUCAGCCGAUCUUGGAGAAGAUCAAUGAGCAAGCCCUGGCCGAGUCGCUGACUCACGGUAUCGGUUACUUCCACGAGGCGCUGAACUCCUUUGAUAAGAAGGCCGUGCAGCAUCUGUUCAAGGUCGGUGCUAUCCAGGUCAUGAUUGUGUCACGGAACUCGUGCUGGGAGGUCGAGAGCAGCGCCCACCUUGUCAUCGUUCAGGGUGCUCAGUUCUUCGAGGGCCGUGAGCAUCGUUACGUUGACUACCCCACCAGCGACAUCCUUCAGAUGUUCGGCAAAGCUGGUAGAGUCGGCCAGGACAAGUCCGCAAAGGGUGUGCUUAUGCUGCCUGCAGUCAAGCGUGAAUACUUCAAGAAGUUCCUGAACGAAGCACUGCCGAUCGAGAGCUACCUGCAUGACUACCUGCACGAUGCCUUUGUCGCAGAAAUCAGCGCGAAGACAAUCGAGUCAACUCAAGAGGCUGUUGAUUGGUCAACCUACACUUACUUCUAUCGCCGCCUGCUGGCUAACCCGAGCUACUACAACCUGCACGACACCUCGCACGAGGGCCUCAGUGCUCACUUGUCUGAGCUUGUCGAGCAGACGCUGAAGGAGCUUACGGAGGCCAAUCUCAUCGAGCAUGAUGAAGAAGAGGACUCGAUCACACCUCUCAACCCAUGCAUGAUCGCAGCCUACUACAACAUCUCCUUCAUCACAAUGCAGACCCUCAUGAUGUCGCUUAACGGUCGAACGAGUCUUAAGGGCGUACUUGAGAUCAUCACCGCCGCAACCGAGUUCGAAGACAUUCAGAUCCGCCGUCACGAAGACCACAUCUUGCAGCGCAUCUACGACCGCGUGCCGUUCAAGAUGCAAGAACCCAACUUCGAGACGCCGCACUUCAAGGCUUUCGUCCUCCUGCAGGCGCAUUUCUCCCGCAUGCAGCUCCCCAUCGACCUCGCAAAGGACCAGGAGAUUGUCAUUCGCAAGGUUCUGAACAUCCUUAGCGCAUCUGUCGACGUGCUCUCAUCCGAAGCGAACCUUAACGCUAUGUCCGCAAUGGAACUAUCCCAAAUGGUUGUGCAAGCAAUGUGGCAAAAAGACAGCCCGCUCAAGCAAAUCCCCCACUUCGACAGCGACACCAUCCGCGCUGCCACGAAAUUCAACAUCACCGACGUCGACGACUUCAUCAACGCCAUGGACGAAGACGAGAAUCCUGAGUACAAGAACCUCAUCUCAGCCCUCGCAGUUGACAACCGCCAACUCGCCGACAUCGCCAACUUCACAAACAACUUCUAUCCCAACAUCGACCUCGAGCACGAGCUCGUCGACCCCGAAGACAUUGCGUCCAACAGCCCCGCGCAGCUGCGCGUCCGCAUCACUCGCAACAUCGAGGAAGACGACCCGCUGCCUGCGGCCGUCCAUGCGCCGUUCUACCCCGCCGAGAAGACGGAGAGCUGGUGGCUGGUCGUCGGCGAUCAGAAGGAGAACAGCCUGUUGGCGAUCAAGAAGGUGACUGUGCCGCGCAAGCUGGAGACGGUGCUGGAGUUUACGCUCGAGAAGCCGGGCGAGCACGAGUUGACGCUGUAUCUGGUGUCGGAUAGUUAUCUCGGUGUGGAUCAGGCGCCGACGUUUAAUGUUAGUGCGGCGGAGGGCAUGGAGGAGGACAGCGAGGAGGAGGAGGAGGAGUAGGCGUGCUUUGAUUGGAGUGGGUAAGUCGGAGGUAACGGGUUGCGCCUGUGCCUGGCGUUGGCUAAUUGCGUUGUAGUAUAUGCGUGUGGUACUUAAGUGAAAAGCAUAGAGACAAAUUCUAUUCUUUACGUUCUA